AUGAUGAAGUUUCGCUUCCGCCGCCAGGGCCACGACCCCCAGCGGGAGAAGCUCAAGCAGGACAUCUACGCCUUCAACAAGAUGGUGGAGCACGGCUUCCCCAAUCAGCCCAGCUCCUUGGCCUUUGACCCCCAGCUGUGCAUUAUGGCCAUCGGAACCAAAUCGGGAGCAAUCAAAAUCUACGGUGCUCCCGGGGUGGAGUUCACGGGGCUGCACAAAGAGACAGCAACCGUCACUCAGAUGCACUUCCUACCUGGACAGGGUUUCCUGCUUUCCCUUCUGGAUGACAACACCCUCCACCUCUGGGACAUUUACCAGAAAGACGGCUACUCCCACCUGGAAGAGACCCGGAGUUUUGUCCUCCCCGGACAGCCAGGGUUCGACAACGCUAAUUCUCCUCCCAGCAUCACCCGGGUGACGGUGAUCCUCCUGGGGUCCAACUGCAGCAUCGCCUACCUUGGCACUGAAGGGGGUGGCAUCUACUUCCUGGGACUUCCUGGUCUAACGCUGCUGGAGGGCAGCACCCUGUACCAAGAUGAAGUCCUGCAGAGCGUGCCUGAGGACUACCGAUGCGGGAAGGCCCUUGGGCCGGUAGAAUCUCUUCAGGAACAUCCUCAAGACUCGGCGAGAAUCCUGAUUGGAUAUAGCAGAGGCCUGAUGGUCCUGUGGGACAGAAGCUCAAGAGAAGUUCAUCAUCUUUUCUUGGGCAACCAGCAACUGGAGAGCGUCAGCUGGGAGCGGAGUGGCUGGACCCUGGUCAGUUCUCACAGCGAUGGGGGCUACGCCUUGUGGUCGAUGGCAAACGGUUCACCCAAGACUCUGCAGCCGACAACUUCCACCGUCCCUUAUGGUCCGUUCCCCUGCAAAGCCAUCAACAAGAUCCUGUGGCAGACCUGCGACUCGGGGGGCCACUUCAUCAUUUUCAGCGGGGGGAUGCCCCGGGCCAGUUACGGGGACAGGCACUGCGUGACCAUCCUGCAGGGCCAGGCCUUGGUCACGCUGGACUUCACAUCGCGGGUGAUCGACUUCUUCACGGUGGGCAGCACGGAGGCCGAGGACGAAUUCGACAACCCGGCAGCUUUGGUGGUUCUAGUGGAAGAGGAGCUGGUGGUGAUCGAUCUGCAGACGCCGGGCUGGCCCACGAUCCCCGCGCCCUACCUGGCCCCUCUCCAUUCCUCGGCCAUCACCUGUUCCUACCACAUCUCCAACGUCCCCCUCAAGCUGUGGGAGAGGAUCAUCAGUGCUGGCGAACAGCAGAGCCCUCGCCUGUCCUCGGUGCCUUGGCCCAUCGAUGGAGGGCACCCCCUUGCUCAGGAACCCACCCAGAGGGGGCUGCUCUUGACCGGGCAUGAAGAUGGCACGGUGCGUUUCUGGGAUGCUUCCGGAGUAUCCCUCAAGCCACUAUACAAGCUGGGCACAGCCAACAUCUUCCAGAUGGACUGUGAACACAACGACAGCUUGAAUCAAUCCUACGAGGAGGAAUGGCCCCCCUUUCGGAAGGUUGGCUGCUUUGACCCUUAUAGUGAUGAUCCCCGGCUGGGUGUCCAGAAGAUCGCUUUGUGCAAAUACACAGCUAAGAUGGUGGUUGCUGGCACGGCAGGGCAGGUGCUGGUGAUGGAGUUUAAUGAUGAGAAGUCCGAACACAUGGUCAACAUUGCUGUGGUGGACCUACUCCAGGACCGCGAAGGCUUCACAUGGAAGGGGCAUGACCGGCUGCCUCCCAAGAAUGGUGCCUUCUCCUUUGCCCCCGGCUUCCAGCCCAGCGUCCUCCUGCAGUGCCUGCCCCCCGCAGCUGUCACGGCUGUCACCCUGCACUCAGAGUGGAACUUGGUGGCCUUUGGAACCAGCCACGGCUUUGGCCUGUAUGACUAUUACCGCCGGAACCCUGUGCUGGCCAGGUGCACUCUGCACCCCAAUGAUUCUCUCGCAAUGGAAGGCCCCCUCUCGCGAGUUAAGUCCCUGAAAAAGUCCCUGCGCCAGUCCUUCCGUAGGAUCCGUAAGAGCCGCGUGUCGGGCAAAAAGAGAGUCACGGCCAGUAGCCCCUCAAGCAAGGUACAGGAAGCAAAUGCCCACCUGGCUGAGCAACCUGGUCCCCAUGAGGUGGAGAUGGCGCCCGUCCAGCGACGGAUUGAACCUCGCUCAGCAGACGAUUCACUGUCUGGGGUUGUGCGUUGCCUCUACUUUGCAGAUACCUUCCUCCGAGAUGCUGCACAUCAUGGACCCACCAUGUGGGCCGGCACCAAUUCGGGCUCCGUCUUCGCCUACGCCCUGGAAAUCCCUUCCCAGGAGAAGUUUUCGGAGCGCUCGGUGGAGGCGGUCUUGGGCAAGGAGAUCCAGCUUAUGCACCGGGCGCCGGUGGUCUCGAUAGCCGUCCUGGAUGGCCGAGGGAACCCUCUGCCGGAACCCUACGAGGUCUCUCGGGACCUGGCCAAAGCCCCUGACCUGCAGGGCAGCCACUCGGUCCUCAUUGCCUCCGAAGAGCAGUUCAAGGUCUUCACCCUCCCCAAAGUCAGCGCCAAAACCAAGUUCAAGCUGACCGCCCACGAGGGUUGCCGCGUCCGGAAAGUGGGCUUGAUGAGCUUUGCCAGCGCCACCUGCGACGACUACGCGGAGAAUGGGCUGGCCUGCCUCACCAACCUGGGCGACCUGCACGUCUUCACGGUGCCCAGCCUGAGGCCGCAGGUCCACUACGACUGCAUCCGCAAGGAGGACAUCAGCGGCAUCGCCUCCUGCGUCUUCACCAAGUACGGCCAAGGCUUCUAUUUGAUCUCUCCGUCAGAAUUCGAACGCUUCUCCUUGAGCACUAGAAACAUCACCGAACCGCUGUGUGUGCUGGAGACGAGCCGCACCCAUGACAGCAUUUCCCCAGGAAAUAACGUCACAGCAACGCCAAAACUAAGCCAGGCCAACGGGACGCACAUUUUACAAGGAUCAGAGGCUAAUCAUUCCCCUGCAAGCAACGAUCGGUCUCCCGAAGACCCCCCAGCAUUGUUUGCCUCAACGCCGAUCGACUCCCCCGACAGCAGCAUCGACACCCCCUUAAAUACCACUGGAGAUAUUACAGUCGAAGAAGUGAAGGAUUUCUUGGCGCCCUCCGAGGAAGCCGAGAGGAAUCUGCGGAACAUCAGUGAGGAGGAGGCCCGAUCUCCAGGGAUCCUCAUUAAAUGAGGGACCCUGCACUGUCCCACGUGAUGCUUGGACCUUCGGGACCGAGACUUCUCGCUGUUCUUGCAACAAACUGUUGGUCCUACCUCUCCUCCUCCUCCUCCUCCUUCUCCUCCAGACUGUUCCCUGUGUAUUUUUUACAAGGACAAAAAGAGUUGCAAUCUUUUUCUAACACGUGGCCGGCCUGGAAGUGGACAGGCAGCAUCUCUUCCUCGGUACCUCUCCAAGUUUGCAUUUUUGAUAGAUAUAUAUGUCUA